AUGGGCUCGCCAAAGAACCGCCUAAUUCUGGGCACCAUGACUAUUGGCCCAAAUGUAGAAAAGGGCGCACGCAUCACAUCACUCGACGACUACAAGAAAUGUCUCAAUUACCUGCAGCGCAAGGGAUACAAGGAAAUUGAUACUGCUCAGGCCUACUCUGGUGGUGAACAAGAAGGUUUCACCAGGGACGCUGGGUUCAAGGAACUGGGCUUUUCCAUAGCCUCCAAAGUCAUGCCCUCGAAACCGCGUGAUCACGGGCCCGAGAAUCUCGGCAAGUCCUGGGAUUCGAGCCUAGAGAGGCUGGGUGUGGAAUCGGCAGAUAUCUUCUACCUUCAUGCUCCUGACCGUUCCCUCAGCUACGAAGAGACUAUGGAGGGCGUCGACAAGAUGUAUAAAGCCGGCAAGUUUCGCAGGCUUGGUUUGAGCAAUUAUGCCUCGUGGGAGGUUGCCGAAAUCGUGGGUAUCUGCGAACGAAGAGGCUUUGUACGGCCGACAGUCUACCAGGGAAUGUACAACGCCAUUACUCGCGGUGCCGAGGCAGAGCUCAUCCCAUGCUUGCGCAAGUUUAGCAUCACUUUAAUAAUCUACAAUCCAUUGGCAGCCGGCCUGUUUUCUGGAAAGUACACUACAAUGGAGCAGCCAGCAGAAGGCCGAUUUGCCACAACGAGCAGCUUGGGACAGCUCUAUCUAGACCGUUACUUCAAGCAGUCUACAUUUGAUGCGCUAUCAGUCGUGGAGCCCAUCGCGAAAAAGCAUAAUGUUCCUUUGAUCGAGGUCGCAUUGAGAUGGUGUUUACACCACAGUCAGCUGAAGCCCGCUUCUCAAGGUGGGGAUGACGGUCUCAUUAUUGGUAUAAGUUCAUACGAGCAAUUGGAACAGAACGUGGAGGCUUGUGAAAAAGGACCUCUCCCCGAUGAGGUCGUCGAGGCUUUGGAUAAAGCGUGGGUCAAGGCUCGAGGAGACGCGCCAACAUAUUGGCGAUGA